AUGGACGAAUCAGUGUUCUACAUCGCAGAGGGCGCCCCAGGCGACAAGCACUCGCAGGAGUCGUUCGCAGCUGCCGCUUCCUCCCACUCGUCCCAGCAGCACGCCUCUUUUAGACAGGCAGAUGCUCCCUUGAAUGGAGCAGUCUUGACAGGCACUGGCCAAGGAGAACGGUUGAUUGCCGCCUCCAAGGGCAAGGCACUCUUGACCGUGUGGUCCUGGGGCAAAGAGGGCUCGGACCAGAAGAUCCCUGUGCCCGAGGAGAUGAAGUGUCUCGCCUCGUGUGGCCAGCCCGACCUAGGCCAAACCAGUUCUAGUCAUACCGUGCCUUCUUUCCGGGUUCCCUGGCUCUUGGCCGCUGGCUCCAAGUCUGGUAAGCUCUACGUGUGGGAACUUGCCUCUGGUAACCUCUUGUGUGUCAAAGACGCCCAUUACCAGGAAAUUGCCACCAUUGAGUUCUCUCGUUGUGGCACCUAUCUUGUCACUGCUGGACACGAUGCCAGGUGUAUGGUGUGGAAGACGCUCGACUUGAUCUCAGCUUACACCAAGGACGAGCACGCCACCAAGCCAUACUACUCCAUCACUGACAACACGUUGCCAGUCAUGACGGUGCAGUUGUCGCUGGCAGGGCUCGCGAACGACUUGAGACUCUACACUGGAUCCAGAGACGGAACCGUGCGGAUCUACGACGUGGCUACCCGGACUCUCGUGACCACCUUCGUUUUGAACCAUCCCGUGGAGUCGUUGGCAGUUGAUCCUGCCUCGAGGGCCAUUUACGCUGGCCUCAACAAUGGCCUCGUGAGAACAAUUGAGUUGUAUAAGGUCCAGAACUCGGUUUUGGAGCCUGUGGGUGGAAACAAGAAGAUCGUCACUGUUGACCACGAUCCUGAGCUCAAGCACACCUUCGUGCACCACCAGCAGCGGAUGGCAGGCGGCGCAGAUGCGCCUGUCGCUGUGACCCAGGUGAAAAUGUCUUUUGAUGCCACCAAUAUUAUCUCAGGAGACUCAUUGGGAAGAGUGUUCGCCUCCAACGUAGUCACCAGACAAGUUGUCAAGGCGUUUGCCCCCUGCAACUCGCCCAUUUCCCGCAUUUACGUCGAUACUUGUCCCGUGGAAAGCGUUAAUGCAUCGCUUGGAAGCACCAAAAAUGAUAAAAAACACCGGUUGAUCCCUCAGUUGAAGAGAGUAUUGGUCAGCAAUGACCCCAUAGAGCACCUGUUGUACUUGGAAAUACCGAAUGGUGAGGAUGAGGAUGAGGACUUCGAAGCGUGGUUGGCAAAAAAGAGCGAAGAGGAGCUCGAGUUCAGAAACCUUUCUACCAUCAACACCACCGUCAAGGAAGUCCCCAGAGCUGGCGAAGUGGGUGAGUUGCAGGAGAAGUUGGAGAAGGUGGCCCAAGCCUACGAGGAGUUGAGAGGCAAGCACGCAGAGUUGAUAGAGGAGCAUACCAAGUUAUUGAGCGAGUAA